AUGGUAGUCCCAGCCUUUGGCCACGAAUUUAAGUCUAAGUACUUCACACUGCUAGAUCCUAACGUAACUUUGAUCAACCAUGGCUCCUAUGGGACAACUCCGACAUGCGUUAUUGAAAAACAAAUGGAGCAGUGCAAGGCAGCAGAGCUUUACCCAGAUGAGUACCUAAAUGAGACUGCAGAGGAAAAUUACAAGCAUCAGGUCAAAGUGCUCGCCGAGUAUCUAAAGAUCGAUUGGCGAAACCUAGCCUUGGUGGUGAAUGCAACGGUGGGUAUCAACACGGUGUUGCGGUCCAUCAAGUGGGAUUUCUCAAAAGACAAAGUGUUGUUCCACUCGACUAGUUACGGUGCAUGUGGCAACACCGUUAAGUUCCUCGCCGAGUAUUACCACCUACAAUAUGACGUUGUUGAGAUUGAGUAUCCUGUCGAGGACGACCAGUUGUUGGCAGCAUUCGAGGAAAAAUUGUCGACAGGCGAGUACAGACUAUGUAUGUUCGAUAUGAUCAGCUCCCAGCCUGGUGUGAUGUUGCCCCACGAGAAUCUCAUCAAGCUGUGCCAGAAAUACAGCACAAUGUCUCUGGUUGAUGGUGCACACGCUGCUGGCCAAGUGGAUCUUCAGUUCUUGGAUGAGCUUCACCCGGACUUUUUGACCACUAAUUUGCACAAAUGGCUAAGUGUGCCCAAAAGCUGUGCUCUGCUUUAUGUGAACCCCAAACACCAUGCUACAAUUCAGACCACGCCAGUCUCUUGGAAUUACACUGCCGAAGGAUGUCAGGCUAUCAAAGAUCCAAAAACUGCAGAAGAAAUCGAACACAACGAUCAUUUGAUGCACAACAAGUUUUGGUUUUCUGGAACUGUCUCCUAUGCAGCUUACUUCUGUGUGGAAGAGGCCAUCGCGUUUCGCAAAAACAUUUGCGGCGGUGAAGAGAAGAUUCGCGAAUACCAGUGGCAGGUUCAAAAAGCUGCCAUCGAGGCUAUAACUGGUGUUUUUGGUCCGGGCUCAAAACUAAUGCAGAACUCCACUGGGACUUUGACAACCCCCGGCCUGUUCAAUGUGAGUUUACCAUUGGACGCCAAGUAUUCUUCGAUUCAGCAAAAGCUGUCGACAGACUUCAACUUUUUCAGACGGUUCAAAGCGCAAUGUGACGUUGUCGCCCGCUCCAAGAAGGCAUAUGCACCUUUCUAUUUCCACGGCGGCGACGCCUGGGUUAGGUUCAGCGCUCAAAUAUUCAAUGAAGUUCAAGACUACGUUGUAGCUGCAGAAAUCAUCAAGGCCAUAAUAAUGGAGAGAUUGGAUGAGCAGUUGCAAUUGCAAAAGUAG